AUGGACAGACGGGCACAGAACUGUUUGUCUACUCCCUGUCUGAAUGGAGGGACUUGUCAAGACGGCCCCGGCGGUUUUAUCUGUCGCUGUCCUACCCAGCCUCUGCUUUUCACUGGUUCAAGCUGUGAAGUCCUCUACGAUGCAUGCACCGCGUUUGACUGCCCUAAAACCCACGUGUGUCAAGCGAAACUUGGACACCCGGAAUACCAGUGCCUCUGCCAGUCCGGAUCUAACUGCACCACCACUAAUGACUGUGGCAAUAACCCCUGUCUCCUUCCGAACUCUCAGUGCUUGGGUGAUGGAGCGGCAUUCACGUGUAAAUGCCAACAUGGCUACGGUGGCCCGAAGUGCCAAGAGAAGGCGUCGCCGUGUGCUCAAAACCCCUGUGACAACAGCGCCCAGUGUGUGGAAACGGCGGAUGGCUACGCUUGCGUGUGCCAAGCGGGCUACACGGGGCAACACUGCGAAACCAUUAUAAACAAGUGCGCCUCCAACCCUUGUCAGAACGAGGCCAUCUGUGUAGAUAAGCGGAACAAGUACAACUGCUUUUGUGUGCCGGGCUUCCAGGGGCACCACUGCGAAAUAGACAUCAAUGAGUGCGCGUCGGCGCCGUGCCAAAAUAACGGCACCUGUCUCAACCUGAUGGACCAGUAUGAAUGUGCAUGUGCCACAGGCUACACAGGUGUCAACUGCGAGGCGGAGAUAGACGAGUGCCAGUCGAAUCCGUGUCAAAAUGGCGCCACGUGCCGAGAUUACGUUGGCUACUUCCUAUGCGAGUGCCCCGCAGGGUACGACGGGGAAGUGUGCCAGCUGGAUAUUGAUGAGUGUCAAAGCCAGCCGUGUCUCAAUGGAGGAGUUUGCGUGGACGCUCUUAACAGGUUCAGCUGUAACUGCAGUGACACGGGAUUUGAAGGAGAUAUGUGUGAAAUCGAUAUCCUGGAAUGCGCAUCAAACCCCUGCCUGAAUGAUGCCACGUGCGUGGAAGGGGUGAAAGGCUACACGUGUGUCUGUUGGGCAGGGUAUUCUGGGGACAGUUGUGAGCUAGACAUUGACGAAUGUGCAGAACGCCCGUGCCUGAAUGACGCCCUCUGUCUUCAACGAUCAAACGAGACAUUUUAUAUGACUGAGCCGGAGUUCAACACGGAAUUCGGUUACGCCGAUGCCUCGGGAUAUGUGUGUAGAUGUCAGCCGGGAUUUACGGGGGAAAACUGUUCCGUGAACAUCGACGAGUGUACAUCCAGCCCGUGUCAGAAUGGAGGGACGUGCAUUGACCUGAUCAAUGGGUAUGAGUGUCAGUGUGAACGGGGAUAUGCCGGUGUCUUAUGUGCUGUAAAUGUCGACGAAUGUGAAAAUAACCCGUGCCAGAAUGGAGCCACUUGCCUGGAUGGAGUUGCUGACUAUGCCUGUACAUGCCAACAGCCAGGGCUUGACGGUAUUACAUGGGGAGGUAAAAACUGCUCUGUGGUGCUGGUGGGAUGCUUGAAUCACAGGUGCCAAAAUGAUGCCACGUGCAUCCCAACAUACCAGCUGGAGAUCCAUAGUUAUGCCUGCAAAUGUCAGCCGGGGUUUCAUGGGGACCACUGUUCCACUCCCACCACAUUUUCAUUCACAUCCAGCGGGUAUAUUUUUUACGAUCUGAAUGUUGCAAACAGAAGCAAGAGGAGCCUUCAAGGAGACAGCGCUCACAUGACCAUAAGUUUUAGGACAACUUUACCGACCAUGGUUCUCUUUUAUCGGGGUGAUGGAGAUAGCUUCCUAAUUCUGGAGCUUUAUAACGGAUUGCUGCAAGUUUUAUUUCAGAACCAUAAUUUUUCCUCCCGCCUUGUCAUCGAUGAGCACCGAGUUGACGACGGCCGUUGGCACAAAGCCCGGGUUAGCCUGAACUCAUCUCUAGACCUGAUCCUUCAGCACGAUGGUUGUAGUAACGGUUCUUGUUCCAGAACUCGGGCCGCUGGUGACGACCGUGAUUCUCGACUUCCUGAGUCAUUCGCUUCUGUGUACAUUGGUGGGCUUACCCUUGGCUCACUGCUGAACAACACGGCAAGCAGAACAAACUUCACUGGUUGUAUGCAAGACGUCACCAUUGACUUCAAGACCUUGCUACCUCAGAAUAUAACACAAGGAAGCUCUUUUGAUAUGGAGCUUGGAUGCAAUAAAACGGAUUUGUGCGACCCCAACCCAUGUCGUCAUGAGUCACCGUGCGUCGACCUGUGGACCAGAUAUAAAUGUGACUGUGUCAGGCCAUACACUGGUCCAUCCUGUUUGCAAGAAUAUACAUCUGCUACUUUCUUCCACGAGAUGGUGCCAAGCUACGCCAGCUUUGAAGUCGCCCAGGACAUCGGAAAUUCAUUUAAUGUGUCGGCUUUCGUCAGGACUCUCAAACCAGACGGCCUUCUGCUGCAGAUCGGUAAUGGCAGCACCGCCCGUACAGUCUUUACAGUCUACCUGAAUUCUGGACGUAUUCACGUUACGGUCGCCUCAGCGAAAACGGUGUCUUUCAGUGAAUAUGUUAGUAAUGGCAAGAAACACAAGAUCAAUAUAUCUGUUAAAGAAGGUCUUGUCUCGGUCAAUGGUGUGAACAGCAUGGAAGAUCCGGGCCAGCUGCCGCCCCUAUCUCUGGCAGCAGGAGACACGGUUCUUGUCGGAGGAAUGCCCCCAAGUGGGAAUAUUGAUCGGUGGGGGGGAUAUUUCAAAGGAUGUUUGCAAGAUAUGCGAAUCAAUAACAAUCAUCUGGAGUUUUUCCCAAUGGAUGAUGAAGAAGACGUUGCCUUCUAUAAUGGCUCCAUUAGUAAUGUUACAAAGGAUUGUCUGUCCGAUGAUACAUGCAAACCUGGCCCUUGCAAGAAUGACGGCACUUGUGCUGUGACUUGGAAUGAAUUCACCUGCACCUGUUCAGCCAACUUUACCGGGGCGACAUGUGAAGAGCCCGUGUGGUGUCUUCGUAGACCAUGCCCAGCGGAUUCCACGUGUCGAGACAUCCCUGGAGCAUACACAUGCCUUGUCAACGCAACCUUUGAAGAACAGAACUCGGUGGUCUUCACUUCCAACAUUUCAUCAGAGAUAAAUCUUACAUCAGUGGAUUUUAGAACCAGAGACAGGAAUGCGGUUCUGUUGCGGGCCUCCAAGGAUCUGGACCAUAUUUCCAUCAUCAUUCAUGAGGGCCGCCUGCAUGUCUCUAUACAGAGCGGGAACAGCGUGGAGCGAGUAAGUUAUAAGGGUGAAAUAAUGGUCUCCGAUGCUUUAUGGCACAGGGUUCUGGUAAAGAUGAAGUACCCCACGCAGGUGCCUCCUCAAUGGACAAUAGGCUUUGAUAAUAACGAAUCGAUGACCCUGUUAGGAAGCGCUGGUAGUCUGAGCUUCCUGACUGAAGGCACGCCCAUUGUACUGGCCGAGAACUACACCGGAUGCCUCGGACAAGUCUCUAUAGGACGUUUUUACAUUCCGUUUGCGGACCGGUUGUUUCUUCAGCCCUUCAUUAGGCAAAGCCCCGAUCCCCUGACAUUGGGUUGUAGAGGAGCUGAUGUUUGCUCCGGGGCUCAGUGCCUGCAUGGCGGAAAGUGUCAGGAUGACUUUAACUCGUUCAGCUGCGCAUGUGCGGAAGGAUGGGAAGGACCGCGCUGUGAAGUGAACAUCGAUGACUGCAAAUCCCAGCCUUGUGCUCACGGCUUAUGUAUAGACCUGGAGGCCAAUUAUCGAUGUGACUGUUUCCCUGGGUACACCGGCAGGAACUGUGACACCAACGUGGAUGACUGUCAGCAUCAUCGGUGUUUGAACAGAGGGACGUGCUUAGAUGGCUUGAAUAACUACACCUGCCAAUGCCCAACUACCUAUGCAGGAGAUUACUGCCAGUGGCCUUACCCCCCGGAGAGGUGCGGUAUCAAUGUAACAUGUCUUAAUGGAGGCAAAUGUAAAGGGGGAAUCUGGGGAGCCAACUGCACCUGCAUACCGGGCUUCAAGGGCAAAAGGUGUGAAAUUAACAUCGACGACUGCGCGCCGAACCCGUGUCUUAACGGCGGAUCCUGCCAGGACUCUGUCAACAAUUUCAAAUGCAUCUGCAACGCAAGCUUUAGCGGGGUCCGCUGCGAGAAACCACGAUUGGUCCGGAAGGCACAGGCCUCCAGUCUGGUUGGCUCAGCCAUAGGAACAGGAAUGCUUUUCAUACUGCUGUUUGUGAUCGCAGUGGUUAUGAUAACGAUGCGGAAAAAGCGCGCCUCCCAGGGAACGUACAGCCCAAGCCGGCAAGAGAAAGAAGGCGCUAGAGUCGAGAUGUGGAAUGUCCUCAAGCUGCCGCCUACGGAAAGACUGAUCUAAUGAUGGCCAGUGAAAUUUAGACAAC